AUGGCUCAUUCGGUAAAAGUUCCUUUAGCCUCAACAGACGUUUCUAAACAAGAUUCUGACAUAUUUGGCAUUAGAGCCUUGGCACACAAAAUUGAAAUGGGAACAUUCAUGAAAGAUUCUUCGAAAAUCGAUCCAAGAGAGUAUUUCAAAACUAUUAGAAAAGAAUUCGAUCAAAAUGGCAAGGAAGAAGAUCUGGACGAUAUGGACAAACUCAUGUUGAAUAGCAAAAAGCCCAGAACUCGGGAGAACUUUUUCGAGAAAUUUCUCAGAAUAUCACCUAACGAAGAGACAGUUGAAACAGCUACACAAAAGUCUGAAAUUAUUCUACCAGCGUAUUCACCUGCGGAUGAUGUCGAGUGGGAUGCACGUGUUAACUGCGACACACGUGCUAACUACGUUGCACACGUUGAUGAAGAUGAUGACGAAAACGAUAAUGAAGGACAAGAAUUUGGGACAGAUAAUGUUUCUAGUUUUGAGCUGACGCUUCCAACAUGCAACCGGAAAAAAAGCUUUGUUCUCAUAAACCUGGAUGAUGACGUCAACGACGGCUUCAUUGCUAAUGAGGAUGAGAUUUGCAUCGCUGCAUCACUGAUCGACAACAAAGGAGUAUGUCCUAAAUAUGAGGUUUCUAAGGAGGUUUCUAGUCGAGGUUACAAUCGAAGAAAAAGCGAAGUCAUAAAUGGGAUUUAUGUAGUUUAUGUAUUAGUUUAUUUUUUCUAUUAUUGUUGGUAUUCAAAAAAACGUUCAACAAAGUUUGCGUUGAAGCAGUUGUGUUCAUCCGUCGGAAAUCUUGAACCUAAGGAUAAACGAACUUUUGACUAUCUAUGGAAGCUACAACACUGUUUGUGUUUGAAGCAGUUGAAGAAGAUUCACCUAUCGGAAAUCUUGAACCUACGGAAUAACAAACACUUGAUGAUCGUUGGAAGCUAUGGCUGUAAUAAACGGAUUCCUGAUCUUGGUAGAUCGAUUUAA